AUGACUGCUGCGAGACGGAUUCAGAAGGAGCUCAAAGAUAUCAAUGAGAAACCUCUCCCUGGUUUGUCCGUCGAGGUGAAGGAUGACAACAUGUUUGAGUGGAAGUGCUCUAUCAAAGCGGAUUCGGAUUCACCGUACAAGAAUGGAACAUUCCAUUUUAACCUUUCGCUGCCUCCAAACUACCCCUUCAAGGCGCCUACUGCCUUGCAGGUUACCUUUACAACCAAGAUCUACCACCCCGGCAUCAACGAGGAAGGAGCAAUCUGUGUCCCCGUUCUUAGGGAUGAGUGGAAGCCCACCGUCACUCUGUCCACUGUGCUGUCUAUUAUCCAAGAGAAGCUAAACAACCCUAGCCCAGAUGAUCCUUUCGAGCCAGAUAUCGCUGCAAGCUCAUUAGACACUAUCGACACUCUUCCAGAGCUCCCUCCUACCAACGAUUUUCGCACGUCGCUCAUUCUUCCCGAUCUCUCCCGUCGUUUUUCGCUAUUGCGCGAGUCAACUGGAGACCCCGUCCUCUUCGAUCAACUCCGGUCAAGGCUCGCCAACCAACGAGCGCGUGGCGCCGAGAAUCAAAUUACAGAGGAGGAGGAGGAUAUGCUUUUGGAGACCCUUGGGCGUAUCAGGUCGCGAGGCACAGCAACACCUGACAGGUCGCAGGAGAACGUUGGGGAAGGUGAAGAUGGGGCGAGGGGCUCGGUGAGGUCCUUGACCACUUCCGUGUCGAGUGUCACUUCUUCUCCCAGUCGUCCGUCCAAACGCUACAGCAAUAACCUAUUCGGCUCUGGUCGUCUACGCGACUAUGCCUAUCUGAAGAGCGUAGGAUCAUCGAGAGGGUCGGGAGGCAGCACUCGUACGGCUUCGUUAACGCCCACUGAAGCAUCGACGAAGGACCUAUUGAACGCCACAGUGCGGUCUGUUACUCCUGACAAUACGGCGACCCCACCUGUUCAGCCCAGUCCGACUGACCUUGACUCCGCGCUCUCCACCCCUACUCCUUCCUCAUCAUACGUGGACGGUCAGCUUCAGGCCAUUUCUGCCGCGGAAUACCGCCUGCAGAAGACGAUGGGACCCUCCAAUCUCAAACGUGCGUCGUUGGCUUUGGAGAAGGCCAUCAAGGAGAUCGAGGACGAGGUUGAAGAUGAGAUCUUGGUGCCCCGCUCUCCGCCCAUUCCGCGCGCCAAUCUGGAACACCAUGCGCCAGAAGUGCGGAACAGCAAUGCCUCGAACGCAUCGUCAGUCUUCCAAGGAGGAAUGGCCAUUUCCAUCGACCAGACCAUUCACGACGAAUUCAGCGAACGGAGAGCUUCUCCCAUCCCAGCUCGAACCAUACCAGGUUACGUCCCUGGUAUGCCCAGACCAAUGACACCGCGCGACUUCGACUUCGACGAGCAACGUUCACACUCAACCACCCCUCGACCUCAAUCACCUUUUCCUGAUCCCCCGGUUUCCCCGACGCUCGUGAGCAUAACGACUUCAAAGCUCAAACGCGAGUCUACUUCAUCGACUGCUAAAUCAUCUCCUAUCACGCCUGUGGGAGCUGCACCUCUUUUCCUGCAAAGAAGCACAAAUGGGCGGUAUACCCCCGACGACAGUCCUUGGUCUGGAGCAGCAGGAGAUACCAGCGAUAUUGAUAGCUCUCUAAGUGCCCUACUGAGCCGACGUCGGCCUGCUUCUCCAUUGUCCGGCCCUUCUUACCGACCUAUGGCUGUUUCCAAUCGCCCCUCAUCCCGGCCUGGCACACCUUCUAAUGUUAUAUGGACAACUAAUCCUAAUCAUAAAAAUAGCCAUAGUCGGAAUAAUAGUUGGACAACGGAUGGAGCGCGCUCUCUGAGAUCACCUGCUCUCCCAGAUUCUCCCAUGCUCGAGGCUGGUCAAAGCGCGCAGCCCUCUUUCUCCUCUAUUGCCAAUUCACCGCCCAAGGAAUUGUCCCCAAGUUCGACACGGCCGAAUGCAUAUAUCCCUGAAAUCGAGCUUGGUUCCCCCAUUUUAGCAGCAAUACACGCGCCGCGGUCUCCCACGCCCACACAGACCGCACCUCGCUCGCCAACAUCGCCUGUUUUCUCUAACUUUGAACUGUCACAGCGAAAUGGCAGUAGGCGGUCAUCAAGGCAGAACCCUCCAAGCUCUCCGUUCAAUAUCAGCGCUUUCCCAACUAUCGGUCUUGCGCCGCGAGCCAACUCAUCGAGGUCGUCAUUAGAUUCCGUUGGCUCGAGCUUUCAUUCGUGGGAUGAACCAGACCAGCUUCUGAGUGUGUUCUCUGAUUCAAAGGAGCAACAACCUGCUUGGCACGAUUUCUAUGCAGAUAAGUCUAGUUCUGCGACGCCUAGUGGUAGUUCGCCAGAGGACGAUGACUGCGAUGCAGAGGAGGUCAUUAUGCGGUACGGCGGGCUCAAGAAAUCUGAUAUAGCUGCGAUCCAGGAGAAGUUGGUCACCGCUGUGUUCACGAAGAUUGCUAAUACUGAUCCUCGGGAUCGCGCCCCUUCUGUCAUGCGGCGCCGACGGCCUUCAACCUCACAGUCCAACUACUCUAGAAUAACGAGCCCUCCACCCCAAAUGCAACCCCCUUCGUCACCAUCUACGUUCACGAGCGAUGACCACUUCUCGAAGGCCAGCGCUCUAUUGAACUCGGUGGUUGAAAGUAUCAAGGACCACCCAGCUGCUCUCAACACCUCAACAUCUUCUAUUUCUCCGCCUUCCUCAGACGAAAUAUCCCCCACCACACGCCGCAAUCGCGAUUUGGCUCAUGUAUUGUUUGGCACUGAAGACGACGGGAAAGAUGAAUCUUCCAAGGAAGACCCCAUCAUACCUAUACCCGACCCCGAACCUGCUCCCAUCGUUUCAAAUCCAGCCACGCCUACUCCUCCAGCGACUCAAUUCCCUUCUACACUUCCACCGCCAAUUCCCGUUGCCGAGCCUGCUGCUCCACAGCCCUUCACUGUUCCUUAUCUCCACCGUAAUCCUUCGACGAACAGAAUACCGCAAACACCGCAAGAAGAGGCAGCCCUUGCUCGUGAAGUCCAGCAAAAGGCGGAGGCAGCCAUGAUUGCCCUGAAGAAAGAUCCUUCGAGGGUCAAUCUGGGUGACAGUCUCAAGCAAUCCCCUUCCGUUCGGAAGAAGAUCGACACAAGCCAGAUAUCCACACCAACGCUCGUCUCAACCACGACUAACGUUGACACUCUCCCAAUCCGUUCUCCGUCAUUAUCUUCCAGCACAAAUUCUGCACCUUCCAAGCUAGGUUCUCGCUUCAAGAAGUUGCGCGGUUCUCUACGCGCCAAGACCACCGCCGAGGAAAACGCGAGUUUGGAGAGUGUGAAGACCCCUCCUGCAACACAGACAGCCCACUAUGAUCCCGCGAGGUUGAACGUCCCAAGUCCCUCCAGCGCAACAGAGUCAGGCAGGUUCAAGGUUCCUGUCCCUAGUCCGCCUGCCUCUGCAGGUCCUGGUCUCAAAGGAUUCAUGGCACGCUUCAGGAACAAACAACGGAUGUCGGAGAUGCCUCCCGUCGGUGAACGCCCUGCACCAACAGUCACAACCCCGAUAACGCUCAGUACUCCUUUGACACCGCGACUGACAGAAUCCACCACACACAAAGCCUUGACUUCUCCUGCUGACAGGAGUCAUAAUGCGUCACCCCGACCUUCUAGUCAACCUCGGCCCAUGUAUUCACGAUUCCCGCCAGCGAACCCUCCUCCGGUCCCUGCUCCUGCGCCACAACAGCAAGCGCAAGUCCCUGACUCUCCUAAUUCUCUGGAGGCUUCUAAAUCCGCCGCUGCCCUCGAGCAAUUAUUCGCUGCUGCGAACAAUCUAGGACUUGACCAAGGUGCCCUAAAUGAUCUCUUGGCUCGUUCGGCGUCCACUUCAUCCCGUACGCUUCUCACAAGAAACAACUCCGUGGCUGCUGCUUCUUCAAGACCAAGUUUUUCUAAAGAGGGUGCUGCCCAAGUCAGUUACGUCGGAAGCACGGGCUCAGAUCAAACGGCGACCCCAACGAAUUACGGCGGCCUGUCCGACCAACAGCAGGACAGGUCGGUUACGCAAGCCGGUACGUCGGAGGAAGUGUUGUCCAGAAAGCCGUCUGCUCGUCGCCCUGAGCACUUACGUCGACCCAAGGAAGGCCAGAACGAGACUCCAGCCAAAGCAGUUGUUCGCAGGACAAUCAUUUACGCUAACGACGCAGCAGACUUUGCGGCUCUUAUCCAACGCAAAAACUCUACGCGUCGACGCCGAGCCAGUGCGACGUCUGUGUCCAGUCGUUCCGUCCACGAUCGAGCUCCUACCCCGCCACCACCGAAGGCGCCGACCGUCAAACGCUUCUCCGCUGAUGGCAUGCCACCUAUGCCUCAAUUACCGAAUUUCCUCGGCCAGGCAGAGAAAAUGUUGAACGUGCCGCCCACGUCAAUAGGUGGUCCCAUCGAGAAGUCUAAUUCAACGUACGAUUCCCUAUAUGAUAUGUAUGCUGGGGAGAGCAGAGGGGCGAGUAUGAUGGCAACCGACCAUGCGCCGUCAGAUCCCAAGGGCGAGAACGCGGCUGACCCCGGGCCAGCGCUGGAAGUCAUCGAGCUGGCAAACGGCGAGACAGUUUGGAGUAUCAUCAAUAGCCUAAGAGACGCUGAUGAGGAUUCAAUAUAUUCCGGUCGUGCAAGCUUCGCAUCUGAGUACUCUUCACGAGAGCCCAUUUCCGACACCCUACAACCUUUCGUAAAGGAUCACAAUCGUUCUGGGUCCAGAGGCAGCGUCUCUUCUUUUAUCUCCCGGAAAAAGACUCAACCAGGGAAGAUCCGUCCUGAGACGAAGGUAUUCUACAGUUCGUCUGCCCAGAUUGGACGUCUCAUCGAAAAUCUGUCACAAGGAGCCGAUGCCGGUUCCUUCAAUUUCCUUCCCAAUCUUCCUAGCCGUGGUCCAGGCCAUUCCGCGUCUUCUUCACUUUCGACAAAUGACAUCAACUGGACUGUCGAGGAACGUCUCGAACGUAUGCUUGGCCAAAUGAACAGCUCAUGA